AUGGACGAUCAUGUAGGGGCUGGAAGAGGCUCGUACAUCUGGGGGCGGAGCAUCCACAAUGUUCGAAUCGAGCACCUAUGGGUCGAUGUCACAGCGCAAGUAACAUCAAAAUGGGCCGACUUCUUCACGGACCUCGAGCUCCGCCAUGGGCUGAACAUCAACAACAUCGACCACAUUCACCUCCUGCACUAUCUCUUCCUACCCCUGAUCAACACAGAACUGCUGUAUUUCGUCUCAGGCUGGAACCACCACACUAUUUCUGGUGUAAAUCGUACACCUUCCGAUAUGUUCGGUUGGGACAUGUAUGUCCACGGUAUCCGUGGUGGCCAACUUCCUCCACAUCAGCAGCUGUUGACAGACGAAGAACUCGAGUAUUAUGGGGUCGACUUCGAGGGUCUCGGAGAGGAUGCCCUAUUGGGCUCUCGCGAGGCGAACAACCCAGAAGACGAAGGUGUCUCAUCAUUUCUAGGCCGCAUACCACCUGCCGAGCGCCUUAACACCAUCGCAGUUGAGACUGGCGACACGAACUGGCCAGAGGAGCUGAUUCAGGGUUUGCAGGGCCUGAAGUAUGCAGUGCAAGGCCGCGCAGACGACGAGUCCCUGACUGGAUUAUGGACAGCUUCUCUCGUCCUCAUGUGUACUUACUUUGGUGAUGUUAUGACGAAUUGA